CCUCUGGUUGUAGUGCUAGCCUCUGUCGACAUGUACACUUCUACUGUGCUUACUUUCUCCCUCAUUGUUGGGGCUACAUUAGCCGCCACUCCAUUCUUUGAGUCACCCCACAAUGAAAGAGCUUCUGCCUUCUAUAAGACCCCCGCCCAUGGUGGUUUCUCUCAUCCUGGUCCAGUAGUUGGUGGAUCUGUUCCUGCCUACAAGCCUCAAGCCGUCCCUGCUUACAAGCCACAGGCUGCACCUGCCUACAAGCCCCAAGUGGUCCCUGCUCACAGGCCACAGGCUGCACCUGCCUACAAGCCCCAAGUGGUCUCUGCUUACAGGCCACAGGCUGCACCUGCCUACAAGCCACAAGUCGCCCCUGCUUACAAGCCUAAGCCAUCUUAUGGUGGUGGAUAUAAUCAAGGUGCUACAUCCUUCCAGAGUGUUAGGCUAGAAGUUGGAGAGCAGGCUUACAGAUCUCCUCAAAAAUCUCAUUAUUAAGAAUUGUUAUACGUCUGAAUUUCAUCAUUAUUUAUUUCAUACUGUCAUCAAAAAUAAAAUCUUAAAGGUAUA